CGCGACAGUCGCGGGGGCGGGCGCUUCCUCAGAAAUUGCAGAGGCGCGAAGCCAUUCGUGGCACCGGCCCGCUUCCGACGAGGGCGGGCAUGCGUUUGGCCGGCGCCCAGAUUUUUGAUUGCGCUCGGGUGGGCCCCCCGCCUGGCCCCGCGUGCCCUAGCAGAGUCCAUCCUGCAGGCCAAAAAGAUCGAGCCCUACGAAUUCCAGGGCCGGCGCGUUGAGCCCUUAGCCAAAAACCUCCCGACUUUGGUCCUGCUCGGCAGCGUCACCCCGUGGCCCGGAAUUAUGAUCACAAUUAUGGGCAUCCAGGACGUUGAUGACAUUACUCGCACAGCGACGGUCGCCGCGGAUGUUGCGCAGGUGCGCAACUGGAUAUCCUACGCAUCCUGGUUGGAAUUUUUAAGAUUACCCGGGAAGACAGUUUGGCUUCGCCCCAAUGAACCCGCGCGCUGCGCCCGCUUGGUCGGGCAUUAGGCCCCCGCGUGCGUGGUCCGUGUGUUGCCAUGAGCGUGCUAGGCGUAUUGGCCUGCGCGGCCGCCCAAUACAGCCGGCCGGCGCCUUGUCGCGCCGCCCGGCCCCCUUUGCCAGCCCGCAGCGCCCGGGGGCCUCUGAAUGGCUGCGCAGCAUCCCCCCAUCUUUGUCUUUCUGGCCGAAGUCAGUCAGCCGAUAUGUUGACGCAUCCCCCCGAUGCCAGAGGAGAGGCAUUUGCUAGGGUUAGGCGCAAUCAAAGAAAGCGAAAGGCGUCCGCGGGCCUUUAUUUCCGUGUGUUUUCCGCAGGUCACUAGCAGCUUUAUUUUGUGCGCUGGGUGGUGUCACCAGGCCGCCGAGUGUCUUUGUGCCUGCAAUUCUUCUGGAGGCGAUUGUGCUGAAAAGAAAGGCUGGGUCCGUCGCACAAUUGCCGCACAGGUGAGCAAAAUCAAAGAUCGCCAAUUCUAUUGAUGAGCGGAGUCUAAGAGCGCUGGCGUUGGCGUGCAUGUGUUCAUCAUGCUU